AUGCUGUUAAUCAGACUACUUGUUAUCAUCGUGAACGGCUGGCUGCUAAACUCCGUUAGCUCCGACUCAGUCCGCCAGUAUAAGCGCAGGAUGGCGCGGCGGGCUGACCGGGAGCUCGCCCGGUUAGCAGGUGAACCCUGCGGCAGCUCCAGCGGCCGGAGGUACCCGGGGCAGCCGGGCUCCCUCUCCCCGUCUCAACACCACCCUCUGGCGGCUCACCCGAGGAAGCACACCGGUCGGGAAGAGCCGUAUAGCAUAACCGGCAGCGCUCCCGUGGUUUGUUCACACUCGGAGGGGUGCGGGUCUGGAUCCGACCCCCGCCGCACAUUCCCCACCUUGGAGGCGCUUCGGGUCGCCGACCGAGGACCGGAGGACAUCGGACGGGGGGGCGUUAAAGAGGAUCAAGAACAGGGAGACGAAGAUGGAUAUGUCACCAGAGGGGGCGAUCACGUCUCCUCGGCGGAGGGAGGCUCCGAUGACUACUCAGGGGAGGUCGACGAGGGGGGUCAUCCAAUCAUCAGCCCAGCUGACGGAGAUGGCUCUCCGUGGGGGGGCGGCGUGGCAAAGCCCCCCUCCCCCUCCUGGAUGUCCGCCCUGUACUUCAGCGGGCGCCGGGAGCAGCUGAGGCUGAAGGCCGCUGCAGGGGUGGAGGUGCCCCGGGGUAAAUUCAGCGUGGAGCUGUGGGUGAAACCAGAGGGGGGUCAGAGCAACCCUGCCGUCAUAGCAGGUGUGUUUGACAACUGUUCCCACUCGUUGAGUGAGAAGGGGUGGUCAGUGGGCAUUCGCACCUUGGAGCCUGGGAAACCCGAAGACGCGCGGUACUUCUUCAUGUUGCGCACGGAUCGAGCGGUUAGAUCCACAAUCAUCUACAGCCACCAGCGGUACCGAGCCAACACAUGGAUGCACCUAAUGGCCACUUACAAUGGCCAUAACAUGACCCUGUAUGUUGAUGGCGCAAAGGUGGGAGAGAGCAGUCUCCAGUCAGGAAAUCUCUACAGCUCCUUCAUGAAGACGUGCAGGACGCUCUUCCUCGGUGGCAACCAGUCUGAACAUGGACAAAGUUUUCGGGGCCACGUUGGCGGCGUUGCAUUGUGGGAUUAUGCCCGCUCUGACAAGGAUCUUCCCAGAAGGCCACAGCAAAUUGAUAAGAGAGAGUCUGUUCUGGCUCUGUGGGCGGACUUCACUGAUGUGGGGGAGCUGUGGACUCCACACAAGGUGGGCCUCUAUCCCUCCAUCGUCACCAUCCCCAUCCCUGAACGGGAGCUCGUCUCCCCUUUCCUGCCCACGCCGUGCGGGCUGACGCUCUGUGACAAUACUGACAUCAUACUCGGCUACAACCGCCACUGGCAGUUCCGCUCCACCAAGCGAGUCCGCUACCGUGUCGUCAACCUCUGCGAUGAUGAUGGCGGAAACCCAACUGUCACCCAGGACCAGAUUGAUCUGCAGCACCAGGUGCUGACCCAGGCCUUCCGCCCUUACAACAUCACCCUGGACCUCACAGUGAACACCGUUAGAAAUUCCUCCCUCCGGCAGAGGUUCAUCCUCAGCAACUGUCGGAUUGGGAAGAUUGGGAAUCGGCAGUGUGAUCCCGAGUGCGACCACCCUAGGACAGGCCAUGAUGGCGGGGACUGUCUCCGGCUUGGGCCCUGCUAUAACUGGAAGAGACAGGACGGGGUUUGUAACCCUGAGUGUAACAGUAUACACUAUGACUAUGAUGAUGGAGACUGCUGUGAUCCGGAGGUCACCGACGUCCUUAAAACUUGCUUCGAUCCUGAGUCGCCAGACAGGGCCUACAUCAGUGUGAAAGAGCUGAAAGAGGAGCUACAGCUGAGUGGUAAAGACACGCUCAGUGUUUUUUUUGCAAACAACUCGGCCCGUGAGGAGCUGGCAGGAGCUGCAACCUGGCCGUGGGCGAAGGAGGCCCUCAACCACCAGGGUGGGAUGGUGCUGAACCCCUCCUACUUUGGUACGGAUGGUCACCACGACACCAUGGUCCAUGAGGUGGGGCACAUCUUUGGAUUGUACCAUGUCUUCAAAGGGGUGAGCGAGCGUGACUCCUGCGAUGACCCUUGUCAGGAGAUCAUCCCGUCCCUGGAGACAGGAGACCUGUGUGCUGACACGGCCCCGACACCCAAGUCCAAAGUGUGCCAUGACCCCGGGACAGUCAACGACACCUGUGGAGUGGCCAAGUAUCAGAACACACCCUACAACAACUACAUGAGUUAUACAGAUGACAACUGCACUAACAAUUUCACGCCUAACCAAGUAGCCCGGAUGCAUUGUUAUAUAGACCUGGUCUAUCAGAAUUGGCUGAAGGACCCCCAACCAGCCCCCAUCCCUCUGCCCCCCAUCGUGACUGGUCGGAGCUCUGAUUCCGUCUCCAUCUACUGGGUGCCACCUGUAAGGGGGUCACUCUACCAAAGCUCCAAGCUUCAAGGAUCAGGUGUGAACUGUGGAGACUGUGAGAGAGAUGGCGUGUUUCACCAGUAUGCCCAUGAGGCCACGUCCCCCCGUGCAUGUGACACAUCAGGGUACUGGACCCCGGAAGAGGCCAUUGGGCCACCUGAUGUGGAACAACCUUGUGAGCCCAGUCUGCAGGCCUGGAGUCCCGAGCUCAGCCUCUAUGAUACGAACGUUACAUCUCCGUGCCCUGAAAUUGAAGGUUGCACCCUCACCCUGCAAUUCCUCCAUCCUGUCGUACCAAGUACACUCACUCUCUGGGUCACCUACAUAUCUGCAAGCAAUCCAGCCAUAGCCAGCAUAGAGCUGAUAAAGGAGUCUGGGGAGCGCGUUAACCUCGGACCACAGCACGUCUUCUGUGACAUGCCUCUGACCCUACGCCUUGACACCAAAAGUGAUGCCAUCUCCACAGUUAAACUUGCCACCUUCGACGAGAAGAUGGAGAUUGAUGCUGCUAUGCUGUCCUCAGGCCCUGGUAGCUCUCUCUGCUCUGCCUGCCGACCUCUGGUUUACCGAAUCCUCCGAAAACCACCUUUUGUCGACAAGGACAAACGGGAGAUGCCCCCUCCCACACAAACCCAGCUGACAUUCACUGACAGCUCUGUGAGGAAGGGAGUCCAGUACCAGUACACAAUCCAGGUUGAAGAGAAUGGUCUCCUCAGUGAGGUUUCCCCUCCUCUCCUCUACACCCAUGGACAAACGUAUUGUGGAGAUGGCCUUAUGCAGGGGACAGAAGAGUGUGAUGAUGGUAAUCUGCUGGAUGGUGAUGGCUGCUCCAAGAAAUGCUACAAAGAGAUGGGCUUCAACUGUAAUGGUGAACCCAGUCAUUGCUAUGUGUUUGACGGUGAUGGCGUGUGUGAGGAGUUUGAGCGGCGCUCCAGCAUUAAGGACUGCGGUUACUUCACCCCGCUGGGCUACACAGACCAGUGGGCUUCCACCGCUAUGGCUUCUCACCAGGAUCCCACCCGCUGUCCAGCCCACGCAGCCACUGGAGAGCCAUCACUCACUAAGUUCUGCAAGUCUCAGUACCCGGAGGUAGAUGGGAAAUGGCCCACUGAUGCCUGGUUCCCGUGUACAGCCCAGUUCCACACGUAUAAUGACCUGGAAUAUUCAGUUUGGCUAAAGGUAGGGUUUGACCAUCCUGGAGUGGCAUCAUCUGUGAUAGUGUACCUGGAUUCAGAUGGUUCUUGGUCUUUGGAGCAGUGCAGGAGGACAGUCACCAUCAUCCUAUCUGACACUACUGGAAAGAACCACUCUCAAAACACGUACGACUUGUCAUGCAGGCAGAAUCCGCUAGUGAUGAAUGUAACCCACAACCUCUCUCAACCCUUUUUCCUCACCUCCUCCGUCAUCCUCCUCUUCUCCUCGCCCUACGUGGCGGUGGGAGCCGUAGCCCUGAGGACAUCCUGCCACUUUAGCGCCUUCGCCCUGACUGGCUGCCUGCGACAACCAUGUCAGAUGGAGAACUGCACUCCUCCCCAGCUGGAACAUGCCUCUGUCAGGUGUACAGGUGGAGGGGAGGCCUCCAGCUGCUCAGUUAAAUGUCAUCGUGGUUUCGGUCUACAUACCCAAAACCACAAAGGACAACCUCCCUACCAGAGUGAAACUGUGCUGGAGUGUGUCAAAGGUUCAUGGGAUCGUGUGGUCAGCUGCCUGCCUAUAGACUGUGGCCCGCCUGACCAUUCUCAUGUUUACCAUGCCAUAUUCAGCUGCUCCUGGGGUACUACCUUUGGCAAGCAGUGUUCUUUUACCUGCGACUCCCCAGCCAUACUACAAGGUGACAGUGACAGGCUGGUGUGUUUGGAGGAUGGCCUGUGGUCUUUCCCAGAGGCCUACUGUAAGAUAGAGUGUCCUGAAGCAUCGAACAUACCCAAUGCCAAGCUCCUGACAGCAGACUGCCUCUCCACAGGGCAUGAUGUGGGCACCAUGUGCCACUACAAAUGCAACCCAGGCUACUAUUUAAUGGGAAGCCUUGAAAAGAAGACCAGAAAGAGGUACCUAAAGGUGGAGUGUCUGGAGGGAGGGCAAUGGGAGGAGACAGGAUGUGAACCUUUGUCUUGUCCAGCCUUACCUGACGUUUUUCAGGGCAUGUACACCUGCACCAAUGGUCUGCACUAUGAUUCCCUCUGUACCCUGCAGUGCCCCCAUGCACGGGAGAAUAGUAUAAUCCGCUGCACCAAGGAGGGAGAGUGGACCGCUCAGUUCACCAUGUGUUCAGGGAUUGAGGGCUCCUGUUCUCCUCCCCCUGAUCUGAACUCCGUGGAGUACAGCUGUGACCAGGGGAUGGAUGUUGGUGCUGUUUGCUACCCAACAUGCAUUGUAGCUCCAGACAUGGAUCUUUGUGACCCAGUUGUCCUGUCUAACGGCACCACAGCUGAUUCUGUCAAGCACUGGAUGCUGCCCACCAAGGUCGAGAGCAUCGUCUGCACAGGGAUGACCAAGUGGCACCCCGACCCUCAACACGUCCACUGCAUCCAGUCAUGUGAGCCAUUUGGAGGGGAUGGUUGGUGUGACACCAUUAACAACCGAGCCUACUGCCAGUAUGACGGAGGGGACUGCUGCCCAUCGACACUCUCCACUAAAAAGGUCAUCCAGUUUGGGGUGGACUGCAAUCAGGAUGAAUGCACUUGUCGGGAUCCGAACGCUGAGGAGAACAAGAGGAAAACCAAGCACUUGGAAGAAGGAGGUUGAGGAGGAGUGAUGCUAGAGCGAAAGGCAGGGAGGAAAAGAAAAAACCCUGAAGAUGUGUUACACAGAGUUUCACGAUGAAGCUGGAGAAACACAACAGCGUUUUUUGCCUUUUGUAACACAGGUUGGGUGCAGUUUCCCCAAGAGUUUUCAUGCGCCAAUAUAUUUUUUUUUGCCCCAUUGUAACUAAUAAUGCGGUGUUAGUGUCAAAAAUAUCAAAUCAAAGUGACAUAAGGUGCACAAUUCCCCCUCAUUUCUGCUUCAGUCCAGCCAAUAAUAUCCACCUCGUUAUCUGAUGGACCAAUGUUUUGUUUUGCUUAUGUAGAAAUGAAGAUUAUCUCCACUGCUGGAUUUGCACAAGAGCAGAAAAUUAUAGUUUUAACCCCUAAUGGCACAGAAACAAUGUUAUUAUUGGUGGCUAAACACGGUAAAACAAUCAGGUUUAGGUCAAACAGAGUUGAUUUUUUUUCCUUGCUCAUUUAUGAAUCCAGUCAUCAAAAAGUGGAUCAAGUCACCAUUAUGAAUAAAUUCAAGUGCUUCUCUGGAAUUGGUUGUUCCUCCCAAAUCAUCCAUGCACAUUCCUGAUAGUAAGGGCUAUUACUACUAACUGUGUUAAACACUGUCAUGCGAGAAAGAACUACAAUGGUAGCCCAAAGUGCUUCAUUCAGACAUAGUGAAGCCCAAAUACAGAUGUGUGUUCAGUGUAAUGUUGCUGUCAUUAUUCAUAUUCGGUUCCUUUUGUUGUGACUCCUCAUGGUUGAGGCCAUUUCCAUUUUUUUUUUUUUAUUUGGUUAGUUUUUCCCUACUGACUGCUCAGUUAAAUCCUUAACACAGUAUAACCAUCCUGGAGCCUUUAUAAUUUAUCUGAUAAACUGCUUUGAAAUAUUACCAAGGUUCACAGAAACACCCUUAAAAAUAAGCACCUAAUCACAAUUUCUCAAUAUUGCGACUCUUCAAAAACAGAAAAGAAAAAGGAAACAAAAGCCGAAGAGCGGAAUUCUGCAUUCAAGCCAGACUUAAACGAGCUGAAAGUUAUUGUGAAGAGUUCAACUCGCAGUUAGAGUGUAUCUAAUUUUCCUAAGAACAAUAAAAAAAAUGAUGCUAUCUGGAAAAGAUUGCAGCUAGUAGGACAGUAAAAGGAUACUUAUCUGUAAAAACUAACAAGUAUAGACUAAUAUAUUUGGAUGAGCACUAACAUCUAUUAGAUCAUGUUAUCACUAGUCACACAAGUAAACACUAUAUGACAUAUCACAAAUCCAAUUAUAGUCAUCCCUGCGUACAAUACAGUGCACAACUACCCGGGGCUUCCUGAAAGUAUGUGUGAGGAUACUGUGUAAGGCGACUUCGUAAUGUCAGAACAGAUCACAUUGGGUCAAAUCAGGUAUUUUAAACUUGCAUACAUCCGUUUCCCAAGACACAAGUUCAACAAAAUGAGGCUCUAUUGUUACAUUUGGGUGUUCAGCAGAUCUGUGCACCGCAUACUACUUGUACGAUAUUGUGAGUUUUCAGUCCGCCUGUACUAUUGAGCCAGUUGCGUGUCUUCCAUCUUUCCAAUCACUUUCCAUUACAUGCCGUCCAAUGCCACAACUAUGCCGAAAAAGAAAACCCAAAAAUACAAAAAAACAAAGAAGUGGUGCAGUGGUUUUAGGAAACUCAUCUGUAACUCCAUCUUCAUGUCAGAUGCUUCUGUGGGGCUACACCCAGACUUGCAACAUCUCCCGUAUGCAUGUAUGUCAAAAACGACCGUAGCCAUUAGGGCAGAAUUCAUGCUGUAAAAUACCCCAUGUAAAAUGCCUUACUAUCAAUGUGUAAUCAUGUUCUGUGAAAUAUUAUACUCUACUUUAUACUUUAAAUGAA